AUGAAGAUCUAUACUAUCGAUGAUAGCUUUCUAUUCACAACAAUGGUCGAUAACGUUCAGUGGCAAAUUGAAAUUUUGGACACUGCUGGCCAGGAGGAAUAUCGAGGAUUGUGGGUGGAGCACGCUAUCUCUCAAGGCGACGCUUUCGUAGUCACCUAUGCUAUCAAUUCGAUCGGAUCUUUCAACGCUGUUCCAAGUUUUUUGGAGAUUAUCAAGAAUGCAAAGAAAAAUUCCACGAGUCAACUUCGCGACCCACCCGCGGUUUCCAACAUGAGGCCAAAAGAUUAUCCUUUUCCAUUUGUCGUCGCUGGAAACAAAUCUGACCUGACUGACUCGAGACAAGUAGCAGAAGAUACAGGGUAUAAACUGGCAGAUGCAGCAGGCGGGAUGUUUUUAGAGUGCUCGGCAAAAGAAAACAUCAACAUACAGGAACUGUUUGCUGGACUUGUGCGAUCAAUUGUCUGGUUGCGUCAGAAGCAAAAUGCCUUGGGCCGCGAUCCAACGAACAUGUAUGAGCAAUUCAUACCCAAUAUAGGAUAUCAAUCUUCCAAGGCAGUUCAAUCCCAAUCCGCCACCACGGAACUUCGGCUUACCGGCGAGGAGUCUGCAGGUUCUCAAAAAAAACAGACUGAUGUUCAGAAAACAUCGGGGGAAUCGGAAGGACCUCCAAAGUGGCCUUGCAACUGCAAUGUGGUGUGA